AUGCCGGUGCAGCCCAUCGCCCGUACGGCCGGCAAACCCUGCCCCGGACACCCGCCUGACGACUCUGUUGAGCUGAGCCGGGUAUCCCCGUACCCAUCCCCUGCUGCUCGCAGCCUUUUCACCAUCCCCGACCCAGUGAACCAAACCCCACGAGACCUGCUGACCCCAGACCUGUCCCUGCACAGUCCCAGGGACAUGUGCCCAGGCACGGCGAGGCUGCCCGAGAAAGGCGCGGGAAACGAUGCUCUUUGGGACCACGAGGAGGAGGAGGAGGAGGAGGCCGACCUGGGAUGCGGCAAAGAGGGGAUCAAACCCCUCGGCCCGGCAGCCCCGCGCCUUGGAUCCGACUCCGCCGGGAAGUUCCCAAAGAGCCCGGAGAAGCGCGAAGAGCGGCAGCUCGCCGACGAGGACGGCCACCGCGCCGCCGACGCCGGGGCUGCGGUGCGGGAUGGCCAGAGCCGGACGCUGGGUGCCACGCAAGGAGCAGCUCCCGGGGUGCCCGCUGGCAAGGGCCGGCAGGAGCGGGCGGGUGGCAGCAUCCCCGGAACGCACAGGGUCUCGUCGGUGGAUGCAACGCUUGCCCCGAGAGACCCUCGAGCUCCCGGCCAGUUUGGGCACCCUGUUGCAGUCCCUGACGAUAAACAAGAAGAAGCAAAAAGCAGAUGGAAAGAAGGAAACUUUAAUGUCUACCUCAGCGAUUUGAUCCCCGUAGACCGAGCCAUAGCGGACACCAGACCUGCCGGGUGCUCCGAGCAGCAGGUUCACAACGACCUCCCGACCACCACCAUCAUCAUGUGCUUCGUGGAUGAAGUGUGGUCCACCCUCCUGCGCUCCGUUCACAGCGUCCUCAGCAGAUCUCCUCCGCACCUGAUUGAAGAAGUCAUUUUGGUGGACGACUUCAGCACUAAAGAGUACCUCAAGGAGAAGCUGGACAAAUACAUGUCGCAGUUCCCAAAAGUGAAGAUCCUCCAUCUCAAGGAGAGGCACGGUCUAAUACGGGCCAGACUGGCAGGAGCGGAGAUCGCCAAAGGCACCGUCCUGACGUUCCUGGACUCGCACGUGGAGUGCAACGUGGGGUGGCUGGAGCCGCUGCUGGAGAGGGUCCGCCUGAGCCGGGCCAAGGUCGCCUGCCCCGUCAUCGAGGUCAUCAGCGACAAGGACAUGAGUUACAUGACCGUGGACAACUUUCAGCGUGGGAUUUUUACUUGGCCAAUGAAUUUUGGAUGGAGGCAGAUUCCACAAGAGGUCAUCGAGAAAAAUAAAAUCAAGGAGACUGAUAUAAUAAGGUGCCCAGUCAUGGCAGGUGGCCUGUUUUCCAUUGAUAAGAAGUAUUUUUUUGAGCUGGGAACGUAUGACCCAGGACUGGAUGUUUGGGGAGGUGAAAAUAUGGAGAUUUCAUUCAAGGUCUGGAUGUGUGGGGGAGAGAUUGAGAUUGUUCCGUGCUCCAGAGUUGGGCACAUUUUCAGGAACGACAAUCCUUAUUCCUUCCCGAAAGAUCGGGUGAGAACGGUGGAGAGGAACUUGGCCCGUGUUGCGGAGGUCUGGCUGGACGAGUACAAGGAGUUAUUCUACGGCCACGCUUACCACUUAGUGUUGAAAAACCUGGAUGUCGGCGACCUGACUCAGCAAAUCCAACUGCGAAAGAAGCUUCAGUGCAAAAGUUUCCGGUGGUACCUGGAGAACGUCUACCCGGACCUGGAAGCUCCCCUGGUUAAAGCCAGCGGGCUGCUUGUUAACGUAGCCAUGGCAAGAUGCAUCACUGUGGAAAACACCACUCUAGCGUUUGAGGCAUGUGACGUUAACAACAAGAACCAAAAGUUCAACUACACCUGGCUGAGGCUGAUCCGGCACGGAGAGCUCUGCGUUGCGCCGGCCGGCGCUGCGGGAACGCUGGGCUUGCGCCGCUGCGAGGACAGGAACCACAGCCUGGCGUGGCUGCACAGGUCGCUGGCCGCCUUCCAGCCGGAGCUGACGGACCACAUCGUCUCAGAGCACCUCCAGCAGCCGGCGUGCUUGGAAGUGGAUCCCUCUCACAAAGCCCUGAGGGUAAAUGCCUGUGACUCUGCAAAUCCUUAUCAAAAGUGGCAGUUUGGCAAUUACUAUGCAGACUGA